AUGGAUGUUGCUGGACUCCGAGACCGCAUACAGUGUACUCUGGAUGCACAUGCUGACAUUCGUCGCCAAGCUGAGUUAGAUCUGAAAUUUGCCGAGAACCAACCCGGUUUCAUAAAUGCACUUCUUGAUAUUCUGCAGGCAGAGCAGAAUAAUGCUGUUCGUCUGUCGGCUGGUGUUUACCUGAAAAACCGAAUCAACCGGGGCUGGGCUCCGAUCGAAGAUAGCCCUCAGCGCAGACCCAUUCCCGAAGCUGAGAAGCCGGCGUUUCGAGAGCGGUUGAUCCCGGUUAUGGUCUCGACGACCCCGAACGUUCGUGCGCAGCUCGUUCCUCUCCUUCAGAAGAUAUUGCAGGAAGAUUUCCCUGAGCGGUGGCCUGGAUUCUUGGACAUUACGCUUCAGUUGCUAGGGACAAAUGAUGCCAGCUCGGUUUACGCUGGUCUGCAAUGUCUGCAGGCUAUAUGCCGGGUGUAUAGGUUUAAGGGCGGGGAGAAAAGAGAGGAAUUCGAUAAGAUAGUUGAACAUUCGUUUCCUUUACUUCUCAAUAUUGGGUCGAAGCUUGUUGAUGAAGAGAGUUUGGAGGCUGCGGAGAUGCUCCGGAUUAUUGCCAAGUCGUACAAGCAUGCUAUCUACUUUGAGCUCGCGCCGUAUCUACAAUCCCAACAGGCGACUGUCGACUGGUGCACACUUUUCCUCCGGAUCAUUGCUAAAAGUCCCCCGGCCAAUUCCAUGCUGGAGUCAAAGGAAGAGAGGGGGCUCAAUCACUGGUGGAAGUGCAAGAAGUGGAGUUAUGCGAACCUGAAUCGUCUUUUCAUUAGGUAUGGAAACCCGACUACUAUGACGAAAUCUAGUACUCCCGACUAUAGCCAAUUCGCCAAAUCGUUUAUCACCACCUUUGCACCAGCAAUUCUCAACGGUUACCUUCAAGAGAUCGAGAAGUGGGUGUCGAAGGGCCAAUGGCUCAGCAACCCGGCACUUUCCUAUACUUUGAUUUUCUUAGAAGAAUGUGUCAAGCCUAAGAUCAUGUGGGAUCAUCUGAAGCCGCAUAUGGACGAUUUGAUUGCCCACUUUGUCUUCCCGAUUUUGUGCCAGUCAGAUGAGGAUAUCGAGCUUUUCCAAACGGACCCCCCUGAGUAUCUCCACCGGAAGUUGAAUUUUUAUGAGGAGGUGUCGUCUCCCGAUGUUGCGGCAACGAACUUCCUGGUUGCCCUUACCAAGAGCCGGAAGAAGCAAACCUUCAACAUCCUCAGCUUUGUCAACGGCAUCGUGAGCAAAUAUGAGUCUGCCCCGGAUGAUCAGAAACUGCCAAGGGAGAAGGAAGGCGCCUUGCGUAUGAUUGGGUCCCUAGCAUCAGUCAUUCUAGGCAAGAAGAGCCCUAUCGCGGACCAAGUGGAAUAUUUCUUUGUCAGGCACGUUUUCCCUGAGUUCCGCAGUCCCCAUGGUUUCCUGAGGGCACGCGCCUGCGACACGCUCGAGAAGUUCGAGGCACUUGAUUUCCAGGACCCGAACAACCUCAUGAUCAUUUACCGGAAUAUUCUCGAGUCGAUGGCGGAUCCUGAACUUCCUGUUAGGGUCGAAGCCGCACUUGCCUUGCAGCCGCUUAUCCGCCAUGACAUAAUCAGGACGUCCAUGCAGCAGAACAUUCCCGAGAUCAUGCAGCAGCUCCUCAAACUUGCCAAUGAAGUUGACGUGGACGCUCUGGCAAAUGUCAUGGAGGACUUCGUCGAGGUCUUCUCUGCAGAACUCACGCCUUUUGCUGUAGCUCUUAGCGAACAACUGCGUGAUACCUAUAUGCGGAUUAUCAGCGAGUUGCUUGAAAGGAAUGCAUCAAGAGAUGACGAAGAGGCAUAUGGCGAUUUCAUGGACGACAAGAGCAUCACCGCCUUGGGUGUGUUACAGACGAUUGGGACCCUUAUCCUUACGCUUGAAAGCACUCCUGAUGUACUGCUACAUCUCGAAACAAUCCUCUUGCCGGUCAUCACCGUCACCCUUGAGAACAAACUUUAUGACCUCUAUAAUGAAACCUUCGAAAUUGUGGACAGCUGCACCUUUGCAUCGAAAGCCAUCUCGCCGACGAUGUGGCAAGUCUUCGAACUCAUCCAAAAGGCAUUUAAAGAGGGCGCUGAAUUGUAUCUGGAAGAUAUGCUACCAGCUCUCGACAAUUACAUAGCUUACGGCUCCGAAACUAUGGUGCAGAACCCUGCAUAUCUCCGUGCCGCAGUUAGCAUGGUCGAGGAUAUCUUCCGGGAUGAAAAGGUUGGCGGGGUUGACCGCAUUUGUGGCUGCAAACUGGCAGAGACGUUGAUGCUUCACCUCCGUGGGUAUAUUGACCAGUACAUCCCCCUCUUUAUCGAGCUGGCCAUGAAUGUGCUCGAAUCUGGAGAGUCAAAAACAAAGGCAUACCGGAUCCACUUGAUUGAAAUGGUUAUCAACACCAUUUACUACAACCCUGUUCUUAGUUUGCAGUUCUUGGAAUCCAAGGGCUGGACAAACAAGUUCUUCAGUGCCUGGUUCUCCAAUAUCGAUAACUUCAGACGGGUUCACGACAAGAAACUAUCGAUUGUAGCGAUCAGCUCUCUGUUGACACUGAAGGCUGAGGAUGUUCCGAUUAGCGUGCAGCAGGGCUGGCCUAGGUUAUUGCAGGGAGUGACCAGACUUUUCCAGACAUUGCCUGCCGCUAUGAAGUACCGGGAAGAGUCGACGAGGGAGUCGGACUUUGUAUACGAGGAUGAUGAGGAGGAGGAGGAGGAAAAUGACUGGGACGGCGAAGUUGAGUGGACAGACCAAGAUGAACUUGAGGGGGCUGGAGAUGGUGACGUUGCCGAUGAGAGCACUGCAUACCUUGAUUUCUUAAACAAAGAGGCCCAGAAAUACGGAUCACUUGUCGACGACGACAAGGAACUUGAUGAAGAAGGCUUACUUGAGACGCCUUUAGAUAAACUCGAGCCGUAUGGAUUGUUUAAACAGGUCAUGUUGAACCUUCAACAAGAGCAGCCGCAGCUCUACGGUAACUUGACGAACAUCCUGAACCCGGAAGAACAGCAGAUAAUUCAAGGUGUAUUCCAUGAGGCAGACGCAAAGGCUCUGGCUGCACAAGAAGCUGCUGCCGCUCUCGCCGCGGCAGGUAUCCAGACCAAUGGCAACCAAUAG